AUUUGGGCAGCUAUGCACCCUGUGCGUGCCCACCUGCCUGUGCGUGCCCACCUGCCUGUGCGUGCCCACCUGCCUGUGCGUGCCCACCUGCCUGUGCGUGCCCACCUGCCUGUGCGUGCCCACCUGCCUGUGCGUGCCCACCUGCCUGUGCGUGCCCACCUGCCUGUGCGUGCCCACCUGCCUGUGCGUGCCCACCUGCCUGUUCGUGCCCACCUGCCUGUGCGUGCCCACCUGCCUGUGUGUGCCCACCUGCCUGUGCGUUUCUCUCUGGCAGCGACUCCUUUCUGGUGACGGAGGGAUCAACACUGGGCAUGGUGGCGGCGGGACUGGCUGGCGUCUUGUUUUGAGGCGCCUCACAACAUGCUCACCUGCCUGUGCGUGUCCCUCCACCCCUCUGCACGUUGUGCCCGCUUGCCUGUGCUCACUUGCCUGCCAGCGACUCGUUCCUGGUGACGGAGGGGUCAACACUAGGCAUGGUGGCGGCGGGGCUGGCGGGCGCCACGCCUUACAUGAUGAACGUCAUGCUCGACACCUCCACCGGCCAUGA